UAAAAAGAGGACCUCCGCCAGUAUAUUUGCAAAAAGGAAGUGUAUCAUAUGCCGGUAAGCAUGAAAAUGGAGUUCGGGCAUUGGUUGGUGUUGGCGGCCACAGCGGUGAUAGUUGCGGCGGCGAGUUGGGUCGGAUGGUCAUUGGCGGAGUGGUUAUGGCUCCAGCCGCGGCGUUUAGAACGCAAGCUGAGGGCGCAGGGGCUUCGAGGAAGCCGGUAUCGUUUACCCUUCGGUGAUAUCAAGAAUAUUGGGAAUCUCGUGGGUGAGGCUCGCCGGAAGCCUCUGCCGCUUUCACACCGCAUUGUUGAUCGCGUCGAUCCCUAUUCAACGCGCAUUGUGGAUACUUAUGGAGGUAAGAACAAGGCGGCAUUUUUUUGGUUUGGGCCUUAUCCCAGGGUGAUCAUCAUGGAUCCUGAGCUUGUAAAGGGCAUUCUAUCGACCAAAUUUGGUCAUUUUGAGAAACUAAAACCAACACCAAUUGCAAGGCAGCUAUUUCUAGGUGUAGCCUCUUGUGAAGGUGAGAAAUGGGUCAAACAUAGGAGAAUCAUCAACCCUGCCUUCCACACUGAAAAGUUGAAGAUAAUGAUGCCAGCGUUUUCUGCUUGUUGUGAUGAGCUGAUAAGUCAAUGGGAGGACUUGGCUGAUAAUGCGGGUGUAUUUGAGCUAAAUGUUUGGUCAGAAUUUCUGAAGCUUUCAGGAGACGUCAUCUCCCGUGCUGCAUUUGGUAGCAGCUAUAAAGAGGGGAGACGCAUUUUUGAACUUCUGGGAGAGCAAGUUGAGCUUGUGAUGCAGGCUGCUCGGAAUUUGUAUAUCCCUGGUUUUAGAUUUUUACCCACCCAAAAGAACAAGCGAAGAAAUCAAAAUCAUGAGGAGAUUGUUGCAUUACUUAAAAUCAUGAUUGAACAGAGAGAGUGUUUGAUAAAAAAUGGUAAUGCUGUUCCUAAUGACUUGUUGAGCUUGUUGAUGGAAUCAAACCAAAGAUAUGCUCAAGAAGGAGAUCACCUGCAAGAUUUUAGUUUGACCACAGAAGAUAUGAUUGAAGAGUGCAAGUUAUUUUAUGCUGCUGGGCAUGAGACAACAUCAGUUCUUCUUACAUGGACCAUGAUUGUGCUCAGCAUGCAUCCAAAUUGGCAGAAUCUUGCAAGAGAAGAGGUUUUGCGGGUUUUUGGACAUGACAAACCUACUUUUGAGGGAUUAAGUCGGUUGAAGAUUUUGACUACGAUUCUCUAUGAGGUUCUAAGAUUAUAUCCACCUGGAGUCACACUUCUUCGACAAACUUACAAAGAAGUAAAGUUGGGAGAGUUUACUUUUCCUCCAGAAGUGCAACUUGUGUUGCCUAUCCUCCUCCUCCAUCAUAGCAAGGAGUUUUGGGGUGAGGAUGCUGAAGAAUUCAACCCUGAUAGAUUUUCUGAAGGAGUUUCAAAUGCAACAAAGAACCAACUCAUCUUUUUUCCAUUUGGUUGGGGUCCUCGAAUCUGCAUCGGCCAGAGCUUUGCACUUAUAGAAGCAAAAAUGGUCUUGGCGAGAAUUCUGCAACGCUUUUCAGCUGAAUUGUCACCAUCUUAUACCCAUGCUCCUCACACUAUUUUAACUCUUCGGCCUCAACAUGGUGCUCAAGUCAUUUUACACAAACUUCCUCUCCUAUAAAUAACAUGGCUCAAGUCCUAUAAACUUUCUGUAAUAU